UGCCAACUUAAUGUUGUAGUACGUUUGUAAUAAAGUAUAAAAAUUGUUACUUCCUCUUGUUUUCUUCUUUUUUGCUUAUUCUGAAUGUCAGAAACAAACGUGGAAGAGAAAUGCUAAGUCUGGUGAAAAACCUUUUGGAGAUUACUCCUACAACCAGUGCGGGUGAUCGGCGUCCAUUUGUAAUGGAAACAGUGAAGGCAGACGAUAAUGCUAAGAUGGGGAGGGGUCCUUCUCAGCCUGCCCCAAAAUUUAUUGGGAAUAUAAUAGCAUUCAUCCUAAACUUGAUUGGCCCAAAGGGUCUAGAAUUUGCCCAAUAUUCACUAGAUUACCAUACCAUCCGGAAUUAUCUGUAUGUAAAUCGCACAUGGGGAAAACAAAGAGCUGAUAGGCACAUGCCAUCUUAUGCAAAAAAAAUAGUAGCUAUGUACAACCAGAAUGGCGAAAUUGAUCAUAGGAUGUCGUCCAAGUGAUCAUAUAUGGUAGCAAACAUAUGGAAAAUAGCCAGCACUUACAUGUAUGUGAGAAAUUUUGAGCAUACUUUUUUUGUUUUCUUGAAAUACUUUUGUAUAUAAAGUUGCAUUCUUUGGCCACUUCAUAAAGACUUGAGUUAAGUGUCUGUUGCUUCUCGGAUUGCUAUAUUUAUCAAGUAUGAUCUUUGUUUUGUAGAAAUACAGCUAGAAUUAUUGUGUAAGAAAUUUUUUUUUUUUUUUCUGGAAGCACGGAUUUUGUGUGGUCGAUAAAAUCUGGUUAAUAGUCGAGUGUAAAGUGG